AUGAGCCGGCGUAAAAGUGCGAAGUCUGUCAACAAGGAUUCGGAAACCCUGGACGUGGGCAAACACUACGAGGUCCGGCGGAACGACGGCUCAUGGCAUCCCGCUGUAGUCUUACAUAUGAGGUCCAGUGAUACAGAAAAUCUUUUUGAGUACUAUGUACACUAUGAAGGAUGCGACCGAAGAUUGGAUCAAUGGGUACCGAGAUAUAGGAUAAAGAAUUCAAGAUUUGAUAGUUCUGAAAAAAAAUGGGAACAGAAAGAUAUGUAUAAAAAUAACGAUCUUCUACAUAAGUCCAACAAGAGAACCACAAGGAGCCAAAACCGUAGACACAACGAGGUAAAUCAUGUUCCAAUGUCUAAUGGAAAAAUGGAUUCAAUUACACCUGCGUUUGAAAAAGAGCACGAGGCCAUAACUAAAAUUAAAUACAUCAAUAAAGUACAGUUGGGAAUGUAUGAAAUUGACACAUGGUAUUUUAGCCCAUUUCCAGAAGAAUACCAAAAAGAGUCUAAAAUUUGGAUUUGUGAAUACUGUUUGAAAUAUUGCAAACUAGAAAAAACUUUCAAAUACCAUAUGAGCCAAUGCAUAUGGAGACAACCACCCGGUGUUGAGGUGUACCAUUAUAAAGGUAUAUUAUCAAUCUGGGAAGUGGAUUCCAGUCAACACAAAUUGUAUUGUCAGAAUCUUUGUCUAUUGGCAAAGUUAUUUAUAGAUCAUAAAACACUCUUCUUUGAUGUUGAACCAUUUUUGUUUUACGUCCUGUGUAAAAUUGACAAAUCUGGUGCACAUUUAGUUGGAUAUUUUUCAAAAGAAAAAGAUUCACCAGAUUGCCACAAUGUAUCUUGUAUUUUAACAAUGCCACCAUUCCAGAAACAGGGCUAUGGUAAACUAUUAAUAGCGUUUAGUUAUGAAUUGAGCAAGUUGGAAGGACUUCCAGCCGGCCCUGAAAAUCCAUUGAGUGAUCUUGGCAAAGUGUCAUACAGGUCUUAUUGGUCAUGGACGCUGUUGGAAAUUUUGAAAAACGCCUCUGGAACUUUAUCACUUGAAGACUUAAGUGCGAUGACCAGUAUCACCCAAAUGGACAUUAUUUCAACUUUGCAGUCCAUGAAUAUGACAAAAUACUAUAAAAAUCAACAUGUGAUUUGUGUGACGCCUAAAAUGGUUGAGGAGGUGAUUAGUUCCGAGCAGUAUAAACCACCAACAUACAUAUUGGAUAGAAGUGCUAUCAAAUGGAAGCCAAAAAUACACAAUCUUCGGCUAGACCGUCUACGCAUCCAAGAUCAUAAUACUUAG